AUGAUAUCCCAAAUGUUGAAAUUUAAAUUAUUAUUUUUUUCCCCCAAUUUUAAGCAUAAUUUUACGAAAGAUUGCUAUUUCUUUUCUAUUUAUAGGGAGGAGGAAUGGGUAAGGCAGCGACCUUGUGCCAAUAAUAUAGGAACGCAACGCACAUGCUAG